UUCAAACUGAGACUCUUAACAUUAAUGGCACUCGUGGGUCAAAUAUAAAAAAAAAUUCUUUCUUUCCUGCUUCUAGCUGCAGUAAGACAUUUUAGGAUGUCCAGAAAUGUGCAGCGACUUAGAGACCACGAUACAAAUCCAUGUCUAGCGGAAACAGAUGCCUCUAGACAAUGUAUGGAUGACAAUAACUACAGAAAGGAUGUGUGUGCCUCUUAUUUUUUAAAGUACAAAAACUGCAGAAAAUUUUGGCAUGCCAUUAUGAUACAAAGGAGAAGAGAUGGUGUGAAACCAAAUAUGCCUACAGCAGAUGAGAGAGAGAAUAUAUUGAAGUCAAUAGGAGGAACACCAUACUGAUCACACAGUCUUUAUUGUUUACUAUUUAAUAUUAUGUACAUAUGAAGAUUUCUGUCAGCUAGGCAUUAAAUUUUUUUAACAUUGCCUCUGUUUUUUAAUCAUAAGAUGUUGCCAACUGAGAAAGAACAUUACCUUAGAUUGCAAAGUCCUUUGGGGGGGUUGGGGGACAUGGUGGGGCAGGGACAGCUUUUCUUCUGUUUUGUACAGUACCUAGCACAAUGGGGUCCUGGUCAAAGUAGGUUUUCUAGGUGCUACCAUGAUGCAGAUAAAUAGUAAUUACUAUGUGCCUAAAAGGUUCACUACAGACAUGUACAAAGAUGACCUCGAGGCAGUUGUGGAAGUAAUUCUUAAACUUCCACUUAAUGCUGAAUACUACAUAACUGGCCUUGAUAUUUGAUGACAACUUCAAAACAAGUUUUGCCAUAGAGACAUAUCUGUGGCAGGGGACAGAGCAGCUGCCUAGAGUGAGAAUUACAGAGGAAGAAGAACUAAGAAGACUAGUUUGGUACAACUUAACUAAAAACUACUAUUCUUAUUGUUUUGCAUAAUGGUUAAAGUAGCAAGUCCUUUUUCUGGGUUUUUUUGUGUUUAUGUACAAAUACCAACAUUGACAUGAGUCACACUUAUCACCGCUCUAAUUGGAGGCAUCUGCCAAUACAGUCACUGAAGUUACAACUUAAAAAAACAAACAAUACAACCUACUAUUGGGGCGGGGGGGGAAAUACAUAAAUGGAUUUCAAUGGAAACUAAUUUCUAGUUAAAGCAAAAAAUAAAUCAAGUUUGUACAGUAACCAUCUGCUUCUCUAGGGAGAGGCUUGUGAGGGAAGAAGUUGAACUCCAUUGCUCUAAUAAUGUGCUUUCUGAUUAACUGUUUACCUUUAAUGAAAUACUUUUUUAUACCACCACCAGUAGUGGAUAGUAGUAGAUAUUAACAAAUAACUGACUGAAAAUGCUUAACCUACAAUUACUGUAAGAUAAGAUAUUAAAUCUUAUUUUGGGCAUUUAAUAGCACUGUAGGUAGCCAGUUCCUCCUCUGCAUGGAACCUUCAAACAGCACCAGAAGCACUUAAAAAAAAAAAAAAAAAAAAAAAAAAAAAAAAUCUGUGAAGCCACAACGUGAGUAUGUAUAGUACAUAAAAGCACCUGCCUAAUCAACCAUCUUCUUACCACAUUUAAGUAAAUCCCCCAGUGUUGGGUUUAAAGUGUGAGCUGUGAUCCCAUUCUAUCAGAGGGAGCAACUUCUACAAUGUGGCAUCAUCGUUAAGGCUCCUGUUGCAAUGGACUUAACCUUUUCUUUUUCCCUGCUUGUUACCAACUUUCCUUCUUACUACCUUCUAGCCUUUUGACCUCAUCUGUCCUCAUUCCAUUUUUCUCCUGCCCCUUUUAGGGAAAGAGGAUACAAGGACAUACUUCUGGGGGCUUAUGUAGCCUCUCCAAUUGUUGGACCAGUUCCUUCUUGCCUUCAGUGUGCUUGUGCAUGUUGCAUACAUGCUUUAAUACUCAGUCUCUCCCUCUCUUGGUUUACUUGAGAGCUGGGUUCUGUUCCCUUUGCUAGUCACACUUAAUAUUUAGCACUCUGCCUCAUAAGGCAAGGGCCUUGGGUUGGUACUAAUCUUCCUGUUUGUCCACAGUUUUGAAAGAGUUGACUGCUCCUCUUGGCUUUGUCAUGUAAGCUGCCCUGGUCCACUAAGCUCUUCACCCAUUUCUUCAGUGUUAAGUCAUCUUCCAGUGUGACCACUAGCGUUUUGUCAUGGCUUCUCCACUCUGUCUCUUUGGGCAAGAUGUAUAUGCUCUUAUGGCUUCAGCUACUACUCUCUGCACUUCCCUCUUCCAGGCAGUGCAGUCUUGUGUUUUGAAUUGCCUCUCUGCUAUCAUCCGCUAUUUUACUAGGAUUUUAUAGUCAACAGUCUUUCCUUGAAGAAAGACCAGGACAUUUUUCUCACUUAUGUCACACAACUUUCUUUCUCAUUCCUAUAGCUCAAAACCCUUUCACUAAAUUAUGAUGAUCUCUUAUCUCUUCUCUGCCACCCUGCUUCAGUUAAUACAAAAUCUUGCUACCCAUCUUACUCUUCUUUAAAUGCCAUUAUUGAUUUUUUCUUGCCUUUUGCAUGAAGUUCAGCUUUCUCAUAGUUGCCUUUACCCCCCUGACUUUAUAUAAAAAAAAAAAAAAAAAAAAAGCUUGAAGUUUGGAUCUUCAGUAGCUUUUUGUGUCCUACUAUGCCCACAAAGCUUGACAACAGAAUU